AUGCUUCUUCUGUGUGGUCAUCUAGCAAAGGGAGCACCCCUCUUCUUUGUUGUCUUUUCUGCCUUUACAACAAUACCAUUGGUCACAGCAGUCACAACUGAAAAACCGGCUAUUACAGCGAUCACGACCGAAACACCGUAUACUUCAGCCAUCACGACUGAAGCACUGGCUACUACAGCGAUCACGACUAGUACUGAAGUACUGGCUACUACAGCGAUCACGACUGAAGCAACGGCUACUACAGCGAUCACGACCGAAGCAACGGGUACUACAGCGAUCACGACUGAAGCACCGGAUACUACAGCGAUCACGACCGAAGCAACGGGUACUACAGCGAUCACGACCGAAGCAACGGGUACUACAGCGAUCACGACUGAAGCAACGGCUACUACAGCGAUCACGACAGAAACACCUGCUACUACAGCGAUCACGACUGAAGCACCGGCUACUACAGCGAUUACGACCGAAGCAACGGCUACUACAGCGAUCACCACUGAAGCACCGGCUACUGCAACACAGGCUACUACGGCGAUCACGACUGAAGCACCGACUACAACAGAGAUCAACACUGAAACACCGACUACAACAGAGAUCAACACUGAAACACCAACUACAACAGUGAUCAACACUGAAACACCGACUACAACAGAGAUCAACACAGAAACACCGACUAGUGCAGCGAUCAUGACUGAAGCACCGACUACAACAGACAUCAACACUGAAGAGCCGACUACAACAGUGAUCAACUCUGAAACACCGGCUACAACAGAGAUGAACACAGAAACACCGACUACUACAGCGAUCAUGACUGAAGCACCGACUUCUACAACGAUUAUGACUGAAGCACCAACCACCGCAAAAGAGCCUGCCACAGUCACCACUGCAAGAAGGAUUAUACCGUACGAGUUGGUUCUUGGGUUGCCAUUUCAACCAGAGUACAGCAACAGGACAACAAUUGAAUUUAUGAAUCUAGCGGACACGUUUCGAACAGCGAUUUUUCCGAUAUACAUCAACCAGCCAGGAUAUGUCGACAUCAGACUGAUUCGAUUUGUCCCAGGAAGCACAGUGGCCAGGUUUGCUACAAUCUUCAACACAACAAGGUCGGAAGCAGACUCGAUUAUUACCCAGCGAGCACAGGAACAGCUACGAGAACUGAUCAACAAUGGGGCGCUCGACACAGCACUAAACAUCACCAAUGGAAAUGCACUACGGCUAGCCAUAUUUACUGACGAAGAGAUUCAACAGAUCUUAGACGACCCAAGUUUUUGCACCCUUGAAUGUGGGGAUGGGAGUUACUGUCAUCUGAGUGAAAAGUACCCAGGCAGGGUUAUCUCGGAGUGUGUGUGUGAGGAGAACCGUUAUGAGGCCGGGGACGGUGGUUGUCAGAUUAUCCCAGCCAACACCACCCACAUUGUGUCGGCGCUUACAGGAGUUUUGGUGGUCCUGGCGAUUCUCUUUGUAAUCGCCAUUAUUGCCAUCGGCUUCCUCGUUGUCAAGCUAAGAAGAAUGUCGGGAAAGAUAGCUCUUACGGACGACGUCAUUGGUACGGAAUAUGCCACUGUUGGCGGGGGGAGUUCCCCAGUCGCCCCUCCGCGGAGGAGGACCAAACGCACGGCCCCGAGACACUCCUACACCCCAGCGACAUCAAUUGGUACUGCAGGUCAACAGGCUGGAAUAGUCAACAGCGGUGUGGUGCCAAAAGACACCGCCCCAACUCGCUACUCAAAGAACAUAGAGGAAGAAUCUCCUUACCAAGCGCUGAAUCCUGACACUAUGGAAGCCACAACCUACACAAGUCUGGGCGAAGGGAACCAGAGACCAAAGAACGAAAGCACGUAUACAAGCCUUAGUGCUGAGCAAGCAAAAGAUGCAUCUUUGUACCAGAAUGUUGGUAGGUCAGAUGAGACGGCUCCAGAGGCACUUGAGAUGGCAGAAUAUCAAGACCAUGUCUACCUGGACCUUUAAAAUGAUUCAAUUGAGGUCAAGAAUCGUAGACAGCUUUGACUGGAUGGACCAAAUGCUACCCACGACAAAUGAAUGUUAUCAUAUUGUCUGUAGAAAUGUAUGUCUAUUGAUAAAAAGACAGCCAAAUCUACAACAGACAUUAACAUGUAUCAGUUGUCUCUUAUACUACAACGGGAUACAAAUAUUAUAAUUGUCUCAUUUAAAUGAUGCAGACAGGAAUAACAACUGUAUAUGCAGCAUGAUCAUUGUAGUAGCAAAUGAACUUGAACUGUGACUGUAGUUGGUAUAUUUUAAUUAGCUAAAUAUUAUACAUGUUUCCAAUUGUAAGUCAUUAGAGAUAUCGGAGUUUUUCUCUCCAUAAGUUCCUGAAUAGACUACUCAAGGCAAUACCACUUACAUCAGCUGGAUCGAUGGUGACUAUUGUGAUGAUGGAUAUUGGUAGUGAAUUGUUAUUGGCAAUUGUAGCUGAUAGAGCAGUAGUUAUCCAUCACAGGCACUUAGCCUUUGAUUGACCCUUGUCAUAUUGCAAUUUUAACCUUCUCACUGCUGCCUACGCAUGUAACCAAUACAGAUUGUAUGCUAAAAGGCCAACCUAGCAUGGAAAAGGUUAAUGUACAGUGUAUACAAUAUUGAAGUAAUUGAAAGAAGUAUGAUUGUUGUUCAGUGAGAAGUACAUUUACACCCAUAGCAAAGUACAUAAUUUUACUAUACGACCAGUAUAGUAGUAUAUGUUACAUGUAGCUUUACGUUUAUAUGGAUGCCUCAUUGUUAAUGAUUAUUUGGUAUGGCUUAGAAUUAUUUUCCUGUAUUUAGUCAUGAAUUUUUGUUAAAUAAUCAGGAACUAUAAUAUCCCUCGCAACGACCUUGUAUUUACAUACUCAGCAGUAUGUUUAGCAAUGUGUUUUACUUUGUUUCUUAUUCAUACUUAACUGCAUGUACUUAGCCCAAACGCUAUUAUAAUAAUGUAUAUUGUUCAUUUCCUGUCUCAUUAAGAAAAUGUUAUUUCAACUUUCAAUUAAGAUAAAAGGAUUAUCUGAAAACGACAUUUGUUUGCCUUUAAGCGGAUUUUCUAGGACCUCUUUGACGAGGAAAAUUACAUCACGUAUCAGUCCUUUCUUUAUA